AUGUCGCGGCGCCGCGGCCGGCGGCCCGGGCCCCGCCUGUCCUGGCUGCUGUGGUGUGGCGCCCUGCUGUCCCCGGCCGCGGGCUACGUGAUCGUGAGCUCCGUGUCCUGGGCCGUCACCAACGAGGUGGACGAGGAGCUCGACGGAGCCUCCACGGAGGAGGCGCUGCCCGCGCUGCUGGGGAACUCGGGCAGCCUCUGGCAGCGGAGCUUUCCGGCCUCGGCGCACAAGGAGGACGCACACCUGCCUCCCCCGGAGGGCGCCGCCCGCGCCAGGCCGCCCCCCGCGCCGCCCGGGAUGUUCUCCUACCCGCGCGAGGGCGGCGCGAGGCUGCGCCCGGGCAUCGCCCGCUUCCUGGCCCACGCCAGCGCCUGGGGCUGUCUGGCCACGGUGUCCGCCCAUGAGAAGAUCCCAGGCCUGCCAUUUGGGACCUGCCUGCCCAUCAGUGAUGGCCCCUUCGACAACAGUACUGGGAUUCCUUUCUUCUAUGUGACACCCAAGGACCUCCUGGUGGCCGAUCUGAUGAAGAACCCCAUGGCCUCGCUCCUGCUGCCAGAAUCUGAGGGAGAGUUCUGCAGGAAAAACAUCGUGGACCCAGAAGACCCUCGCUGUGCCCGGCUAGCGCUCACUGGUCAGAUGGUCGCCGUGUCCCCAGAAGAAGUAGAAUUCGCCAAGCAAGCCAUGUUUUCAAGACACCCAGUGAUGAGAAAGUGGCCUCGGCCAUAUGAGUGGUUCUUCAUGAAGAUGAAGAUAGAACACAUCUGGCUUCAGAAAUGGUAUGGAGGAGUAGCCGAUAUCUCCAGGGAGGAGUACUUCAGAGCCGUUCCAAGAAAGGCCUGA